UAGAGAUAUCCUCGUGUGGACCUUCACUCGUUUCACGACUGCACUCGGGCCGUUCGCGCUCUUUUACUCUCAUGUCGGACGACAAAAGUCCCGCGCCACCACAGCGCGGCGUCUCGAUGCGCGCAGACCCGACAACAGGCUCACCCAUCACAUCCUCCAUGACGGCUCCGCAGAGACCUCUACCGAGCGCUCCAAGCGAAGAUAAGAAAGAGAAAAAAAGCAAGAGCUCAAAAGGCGGUCUAUUUUCGAGCAAAAAGGCAGAGGGAAAGCGGCCGCUCAUCUCAUCGCCGCAGAACUUCGAGCACACCGUGCACGUCGGUUUCGACGCGCAUACUGGAGAGUUCUCGGGAAUGCCUGAAGCAUGGGCUAAGCUGUUGAUGCAUUCAGGAAUAACGCAGGCUGAAAAGAAAAAGAAUCCACAAGCCGUUAUAGACGUUUUGAAAUUCUACAAUGCUGACAGAGAACCCGAAGAAAAAUACAUGACCGUUUCAAAGAAACCUUCCUCCCAGAAGCCAUCCAUUACUGACCCAUCGAUAUUCCAGAAGCCGGCCGACCAAUUAGAACCUGUAAGGGAAGCGCCGGAACCUCCUCGUCAUCGAGAAGUUGAGGCGAUGAAACCUCCGGCCAUUGCUCCUAGACCAGAGAUGACGAAGACGAAGCCAUCUCAUUUUGAUACAAAAUCACCAGGGAAAGAUCAGCCAGCAGCUCAAAUGAGAGGGAAAAAGAAACAGAAAAUGAGCGACGAAGAAAUCAUCAGUAGACUAAAGCAGAUCGUUAGUGUAGGCGACCCCAAGAAACGUUACACGAAGUUUGAGAAGAUCGGACAAGGUGCUGCCGGGACUGUGUAUUCUGCUAUUGAGAUUGCAACAGGCAAUGAGGUUGCAAUCAAGCAGAUGAACCUUCAACAGCAGCCGAAGAAGGAGCUGAUCAUCAAUGAAAUUCUCGUUAUGAGAGACAACAAGAACAAAAACAUUGUGAACUAUCUGGACAGUUACCUUGUGACUGACGAGUUAUGGGUUGUGAUGGAAUAUCUUGCUGGCGGAUCUUUAACUGACGUUGUCACUGAGACCGUAAUGAGCGAAGGGCAGAUCGCUGCAGUCAGCAGAGAGUGUCUUGAGGCGUUGCGGUUUCUUCAUAACAGUGCUGUGAUUCAUCGAGAUAUUAAGAGCGAUAAUGUCUUACUUGGAAUGGAUGGACAAGUCAAACUGACUGACUUUGGAUUUUGUGCUCAAAUCACACCAGAGCAGUCGAAACGUUCGACAAUGGUAGGCACACCAUAUUGGAUGGCUCCGGAGGUCGUCACUCGCAAGGCAUAUGGACCUAAGGUUGAUAUCUGGAGUCUGGGCAUUAUGGCAAUUGAAAUGAUCGAAGGAGAGCCUCCGUACUUAAAUGAAAACCCACUUAGGGCUUUAUAUCUUAUUGCAACGAAUGGAACUCCUGAGAUUCAACAUCCCGAUCGACUUUCUGAAGAUUUCAGGAGUUUUCUUGCGUGUUGUUUAGAUAUGGAUGUGGAUAAGAGAUAUGACGCUGAAAGGUUGCUUAAACAUCCGUUCUUGAAAAAGGCAGCUCCUUUGACAAGCCUAACACCUCUCAUAUUAGCAGCACGAGAGCAACAGAACAAGAAUCGCUGACACCAGCCACUGACUUCUCCAAACCAAUACGGAGUGAUCACAAUCUUUUGUACGAGUUGAACCUCAUUACUCUAACCAUGUACUGUACUAUUGUAUUGUGCAUGUGUUUUUUUCUAUGUCGUUCUGUGCAUAUAUAUUAGACUUCGAUUUGUAAAUCUAUUUGGGAUGGGCUAUGUCGUUUGUUAAUGAUGCCCUUGUUUAUGUUGAACGAGAGUGUGAUUAAUAUGAGGAUAAGAAAAUGA